AUGGAUUCGCUGUUAUCUGAUAAAUAUGAAAAAUGGAAUGAAUUAUCGAAAUUUCAACAACGAGAAUCUUCGCUUCCGAAUGAUUUAAUUAACGCGUUCGAAUCUCUAACGCAAUCUUUUACCGACGAGUUAGCUACAACAUAUCUUUCGGAACAAUCGAAUAAAUAUUCGGCGCCGACGACUUUCGAUGAGCGUCAACUUUUUCAAAAUAUAUUGAUGAACGAUGUAUUCGAUGAUAUUAUGUUGAAGAAAGAUUUACCACUUUCUAAUGAUUCAAAAAAUAUUACUGAUCAUGAAUCUGUGGAUAAACAGCAUACAGUUGGCAAACUGGCAAAAAUUACAUCGAAUCCUGGAAUUUCUAGGAAGUGGACCCCCGGCGUCAUUCCUAGAAAUGGUUCACAUAUAUUACCGGCAAAUUUUUCCACUGCUGCUACUGGUAUGAAUCUUAAUGCCACGGAUCGAAUGUUUUCCUCCUCAAUAAAAUCUAAAAUGUUUCCGGCGGAAUAUUUAAAUAUGUUUGAUCAAAAAAACAAAACGAAUUCCGAUAAGUUUAUGAACUUUGAUUCAUUUGAGCAUUAUAUCAGUAGUAAUGCUGAUGUCGACUUCGAACAUGAAGAAUUGAAUGUGAACUUCAGUCAGAUAUCUUAUGAAAUGAGAAAGGAUAAUCCAUAUUUGAAUGAAGAAAAUUGCACUGCUGAAGGAAAAAAGUUGUUGGAUAAUAAAACUGAUAUUAACACUGCCAUAUUCUUUUUAGAAGCUGCAAUUCAACAAAAUAUUUGUGAUGCAAAAACGUGGUACUAUCUCGGGUUGGCUCAUAGUUUUAACGGCAAUGAUGUUCUGGCUAUAUCUGCUUAUACAAAAUCACUUGAAAUUGAUCCUCAUAAUAAUGACGCUGUUUUGGCAAUUUCCGCAUCAUUGGCCAACGAAAAUCUAAAUGCUCAAGCGCUGAAAUUUUUAGAUUGUUGGAUAAAUAAUUAUGCUGCUUAUGGUUCUUCUAAUAAAUGUUUUGUGUCGGAUGUUUCUCCGAAUUUCAAUGAGAUUGAAAGGCGUUUUCUUGCUACAGCAGCGAAACAGCCCGAAGAAGGAGUUGCCGAUUUACAAAAUGCUAUGGGAAUCUUAUAUAAUCUUAAUCAUAAUUAUAGUAAAGCGGUCGAUUGUUUGAGUCUGGCUGUUCAAUUAAAACCUACUGAUGUAUUUCUAAUUAAUCGUUAUGGUGCAACCUUGUUGAGAGCUGGUCAUCAUACCGAAGCAAUCGCCACGUUUUUGCGCGCUAGUCAGCUGGUGCCGCAAUAUAUUCGACUUUAUUAUAAUCUAGGAAUCGCCCAUUUUGAAUUAGAUUUGAUCAAUGAUGCCAUCAAAUUUUUUGUGCAAGCGAUAGAGAUGCUGAAAAAAGAGGAUUAUGAUGAUUUAUCGUACAUAUGGUCAGCGUUACAAUUGGCAGUAUUCGAUAGUGACCAUCCAUGUAUAUCUGAUUUGUUAACAGCUGUUAAUGCUCGCGAUUUACCUCGAUUUCGUGAAAUUUUCAAUCGCGUUUGCUCUGCUCCGCCCUGA